CGCGGGCUCUCAGCGUGAGGGGGGAAUGGCGGCUGAGGGGAUGGCGCCGCGCUGGUGUUGCCGCCGCCGGCGCUGACGAGUCCGCACCGCCCCGCGGGCUCCGGGAGCAGCCGUCCUGUCCCACCGCGCCGCUCCGGCAUCCCGGAGGAGAUGCGGUAGCGCGCGGUGGAUCCAGCUGGCUGUCGCGGCGCCCGGGAGGCGAUGGAGCCGCUCCCCGAGCUCUACUCCAUCUUCCAGGGCGAGGUUGCUGCAGUGACAGACUAUGGGGCCUUUAUCAAAAUCCCAGGCUGCAGGAAGCAAGGCCUGGUGCACAGGACUCACAUGUCCUCCUGCCCCGUGGACAAACCCGCAGAGAUGCUCGACGUGGGGGACAAGGUCUGGGUCAAGCUCAUCGGGAGAGAGAUGAAGGAUGACAAGCUGAAGCUCUCCCUCUCCAUGAAGGUUGUUCACCAAGGCACUGGCAAGGACCUGGACCCCAACAACGUUUCCCUUGACCAGGAUGAGAGGAAGAAACGCAGCUUCAGGGACUACACGAGCCAGAAGAUCACCCUGGAGGCCGUGCUGAACACGGUGUGCAAGAAGUGUGGCUGCAAAGCAGGUGAUCCCACUGUGAACAACCAUCAGUGGAAGCUGCAGCUCAGUUGGUGGGACAAUGGGACACUGGAGCUGUCUCUUGGAGCUAAAACCAAGUUUGUGCCUGCUGUAAUGAUGUCCUGCCUGGUUCAGCAGUAUGAAGAUAAUUUUGUGGUGAAUUUCAGUAGAUUUAUUCAAGUUGCUGAGGUCACUUUGCCAAGGAGUGUUUCAUGCAGCCUGGAGGAACCAAAUACAGCCUCAUUCCAGAGGAGGAGGAAGAGGAGGGGGCAGCAGCAGGACAUGAAGGGGACAAAAAGAUCAGCCAGCCUGAGGAGUCUUCAAAAAAGAGGAAGAAGGAGAAGAAGAAGAAGAAGAAGCACAAGGCCAGGCAGUCCUCGGAGUCGGACUCGGCCAGCUCGGCCUCGGACAGCGACGGAGCUCAGCCCUGCAGCAAGAGGCCCAAGCACGCCAGGAAACCCAGCAAGGCUCCCAAGAAGAAGAAGAAGAAGCACAAGAAGUAGCCCUGGGGCGAGCAGGGCAGGCUGGGCUGCUGCCACGGCAUUCCCUGGUGCAGCCAGCAGGGACCAGCAGCUCCUGCUCCAGGGACAAGGAGUUUAUUUCAAAGUAACGUGUGCUGUUACAGGUGUUGACCUGGCUGCGAGCUGUCCUCUGUCACCUUGGGCACAGGCUGCCCCUUUGUCCCACAGCUGCUGCCAGCACGGGCUCAUGACACCCUGCAGGGCACCCCUGCUGUGCCACAGCCUGGGCACUGCCAGGUCCCAGCUCCUGUGACAACAGGGGGACAGCAGCCCUGCAGAGCUCGGGGUGGCACAGCCAGGCCCACAGCGUGCUGGGGACAGGGUUUGGUGGGACCUCAGCCCCCUGGCACAGAGCUCGGGGUGGCACAGCCAGGCCCACAGCGUGCUGGGGACAGGGUUUGAUGGGACCUCAGCCCCCUGGCACAGAGCUCUGGGCUGCAAACCUGCCCCGGCUCCCUCGGUCUCUGCAAACACCAGGAGUGGAGGAGCAAGGAGCAAAUGGGGGAGUGCAGAUACUGGGAGUAAACAUGGACUGUGGAGUGUUUGCUGCCUUGGAAAGGGAUGGAAGAUAAAUCUCUGCUCUCUCCAGCUGCACUUUGUACUGGCUCCUUUCUUCUGUCCCCUCCACACUUCAUCUUGGGCAGGGGGAGAGCAGCUCUGGCUGCGUGGAGACGGGAAAGGGUUUUUUUUGGAGUUCUGGCUGCUUCCCCAGGUUCCCUGGGGUGGGAAGGGGGUGUGUGGUGAGGUAACCCAUAGGAGAAGCCUUCUGCAGGGAGCAUAAAUCUUGUAACUGGAGCUGAAGGUCAGGGGAGGGGAUGGCAGGGGGAGGGUGCCAGGAGCAGCUCGGCCCUGCUGGGACAGAUGUGAACGGGGAAGGAGCCGCCCCUGCGGCCUCUGGCUCUGCAGGGAGCUGGGAGAGGCAGCUGUUGGUGUGGCACGAGAGUUGGGACUGCUGCUGCAGCCUCCCCUUUCCCUUUUCCUUCCCUGUGCUUCCCGCCCCGGCUCCCCAAGGCUGCCUCCCCCUUUGGGGCCAUUUCCCUUCCCCAGUCCGGCCACAGGCGCUCAGGACCUUUGUUCCAGGGGAGCCUGUCCCUCUGCGGGGGCUGGGGGGCUCCUGCCCUGGGGGAUCGGCCUGGCUGGGAGGGGCAUUCCCGGAGCGCACAUGGCCAGCCAGAACUGAAGAACUGAUCCCCGCAGCGUGGAGAGGAGGCUGGCAUGGGCUGCUGGGACCACUGGCCAUGAACCCCAUCCCUGCCGUCCCCGUGGGUGGGCACGUGCCAAAAACGCCUUUUCCCGAGUAAACCGAGCACAGAGCUGUAACAACACCUUUAUUAUUUUUCCAUGUGACUUUUCCCACUAUCAGUUAAAAAAGAACCCAACAACAAACCACGAAACCACCCCCCGAGCCCCUGGAGCCCCUGCAGGCGCCGGGCGGGGCAGGGGCGGCCCCGGUGGGGCAGCGGCU